AUGCCUCAGCAAGCACUGACUGUUGAUGGGUUGUCUGCUGUUGAUGUAAAGACCAAGGUCGAGCUCUUGAUUGACAAUCUUGUGAGCAUCAAGGAUGAAGGAGGAAAGUUCUUGCUCACACUGCAAGAUGGCAGAAUGAUCGAUACCAAAGGAUGGUCUGAUUGGGAGUGGACGCAGGGGAUUGGUCUUUACGGGGUAUGGCAGUUUCAUGCCCAAACAGGCUCAGAGAAGGCUCUGCGGGUCGUGAAAGCUUGGUUCGAGAGCCAGCUGCCGAGUGGCACGACCAAGAAUAUCAAUACAAUGGCUGUAUUCCUGGCAUUAGCAUAUCUUUACGAGAAGACUGGCGAACAAACUUACCUUCCCUGGCUAGACUCAUGGGCUGAGUGGGCGAUGUAUGAUCUGCCCAAGACGCGGUUUGGCGGCUUUCAGCACAUCACCUAUGUCCAUGUCGCUCCGGAUGGUCAGAUUAAAGGACAGAAUGAUCAGGAGCUUUGGGACGACACACUAAUGAUGACUGUGAUGCCACUGGCCAAGAUCGGAAAGCUGCUUGGACGGCCGCAUUAUAUCGAAGAAGCCAAGGCACAAGUCCUGCUGCAUAUCAAAUAUCUCUUCGACCCUGCGACUGGUCUCUUCUUCCAUGGCUGGAAAUUCGAUUCUUCUGCACCAGGUGGAUUUGGACACAACUUCGCUCGUGCUCGAUGGGCUCGCGGUAAUUCCUGGCUGACGAUUUUCAUCCCGGACUUUAUCGAGCUUCUCGACCUGUCGCCAGGGGACGCAUUCCGGCGGCAUCUUCUCGACACACUGGAAGCUCAGUGUUCAGCGCUCAAGCGCCUACAAGCAGAAGAUGGCUCCUGGCGAACACUUCUUGAUGUUCCAGAGAGCGAAGGUAGCUACAUCGAGGCCUCGGCUACAGCAGGCUUUGCGUACGGCAUUUUGAAAGGAGUACGCAAACGAUAUCUCAGUAAAGAGUAUGAGCCAGUUGCUCAAAAGGCGGUCCAGGCUGUCUUGAAGCGCAUCGACAAGGAUGGCGAACUGAAGGACGUUAGCUUUGGGACUGGGAUGGGCAGCGACUUACAGCAUUAUAAAGACAUCCCGCGGACGUCAAUGCCUUAUGGACAGGCCAUGGCCACGAUGAUGCUGGUUGAAUAUCUGCGUAAGUUCAUAUGA